AUGACAUCAGAGUGCGCCGCCACCGCCGCCGCCAUGAACAGCGUCGGGGAGGGGUGCACCGACAUGAAGCGCGAGUACGACCAGUGCUUUAAUCGCUGGUUUGCCGAGAAGUUCCUCAAGGGGGACAGCUCUGGCGACCCAUGCACUGACCUUUUCAAGCGCUACCAGCAGUGUGUUCAGAAAGCAAUAAAGGAGAAGGAGAUUCCCAUUGAAGGACUGGAGUUCAUGGGCCAUGGCAGAGAAAAGCCUGAAAGCUCUUCUUGACCUUGACAAUCACCUUGAGAAUAGACUCCUCAAAUCAGGAAAUUGAGCACUCUGGAUUUUGUCAAUUAAGGCUGUGAAGAUAGCCAUCGAUUUAAUGAGGAGUUUAAGGGGGAGUUUUCCCCCUCCCUCUAGAUGUUUUCCUCUCACUUGUAACAGAUGAAUCAUCACUUUUUACUUCGGGAUGAUUUCUCACUUGCUCUGGCAUUUUACAGGAACUCGCUGUGCUAAAACUGAUUUCUUGGGAUUAUGGUUGCAAUACUUCAUCUGGAAUCAGCUUUAAAUAUAUCUUGUAUGUAAAUACUGAUAAACUUGUCAGGAUGAUCAUGGUCACCUGACCUCUUGAGUUAUGUUUCAGUGGACAUUCGGUAUACUGUACUGGGGUCAUUGGUCAUGGAAGCAAUUGGUUAGGACCUCUUUUCUCUCAGGGAGCUAGUGCUCUGAAAAGGGAUCCCAGCACAACUGUUUUAGCCAAUGCUUGGGAGCCGCUUUAUUUUUACAUAGUAACUUAACUGUUAAGAUUGCUGGUGGACUGAGCCAAGAGGAAGCUUUUAAUAGUUCCCUGCCUUAACAAGGUGUCAGAUGUCAGUUUAAGAUGUGAGAGCUUCGAGAAUGUUAGAUUGAACACCAUUUCAGAGCUCACAGUGUAGUUCAAUCAUUAAGACCCUUGGGUAUGCUAUGGGGGAAGAUCCUGAAUUGCAGAGAUUUGCUGUUGUCAGCUUUCAACCUAAGUCAAUGAAUUAAGUCAACUUGUGUAUCAUGAAAAUGCCAAAAUACUGUAUCUGGUUAAAUAGGGGGAGAAAGGAGUUUGCUUUAUUUGCCUUGUUUACCCACGCUGCCAUGUCUGUAAUCAUGAAGAUGGAAUAAACUGUAACAUUUAGUUUCUAUCAUUAUUUGCCCCUUGGAACUCUGUGCACUUUAUAAAACAGUUAUUAUCCUGUUACCCCACAUAUCCCAUAUAUACACUGGGGAGGGUAUGUUUUAUAAUUUAUUUUUUAAUCCUCACUUGAUAUUUUUCCAUAUUUUGUUUCGAUGGAGGGGGAGAGAAAGAGAGAAACAUCGACAUG